AUGGGUCUCUUGGAGGAGGUCUACGGAAAUGAAAUAAUCCAAGAGCAGAUUCCCCAGCAGUACUCCGAGUACAAGUCCGACAAGGGCUAUGGCUGGGCCGACGCCCUUCCCUCCAAGCAGGGUCUCUACAACCCCGAACUUGAAAAAGAUGCCUGCGGUGUAGGCUUUGCCGCCCAUAUCAAGGGCAAGGCGAGCCACAAAAUUGUCAGCGAUGCCCGGAGUUUGCUUUGCAACAUGACCCAUCGUGGUGCCGUGGGUUCCGAUAUCCGCGAUGGUGACGGUGCCGGUGUGAUGACCAGUAUUCCGCACAAGUUCUUCGUCAAGAACUUUGCUCGCGAUGCCGGCCUGGAACUCCCUCCCCUGGGCCAGUACGCUGCCGGCAACCUCUUCUUCAAACCCGACAAUGACACCCUCAAGGAAUCCAUCGCCUCUUUUGAGGAAAUGGCAGAAUCCCUCGGCCUGCGAGUCCUGGGCUGGCGCGAGGUGCCUCGCGACUCGACUCUGCUUGGACCGGCCGCCUCGUCUCGCGAGCCCGUCAUUAUGCAGCCAUUCGUCGUGCUCCGCGCUGCCUACGGAAGUGGAAGCAAGCCCGAGAUCACCGACCCUGAAAAAUUCGACGAGCGCCACUUUGAGCGGCAGCUGUACGUCCUGCGCAAGCGCGCCACAAAUAUCCUGGGCUUGGCCAACUGGUUCUACCUCUGCUCUCUCAGCAACAGGAACAUUGUCUACAAGGGCCAGCUAGCCCCCGUCCAGGUGUAUGAGUACUACCAUGACUUGGUCAACGUUGAUUACGAAGGACACUUCGCCCUCGUGCAUUCUCGUUUCUCCACCAACACAUUCCCAUCUUGGGACCGCGCUCAGCCUCUGCGCUGGGCCGCUCACAAUGGUGAAAUCAACACACUGCGAGGGAACAAGAACUGGAUGAGGGCUCGCGAGGGUCUGCUCAAGUCGGACGUCUUUGGUGACGAGCUCGACCAGCUAUACCCCAUUGUUGAAGACGGUGGUUCCGACUCGGCCGCGUUUGACAACGUCCUUGAAUUGCUCAUGAUCAACGGAGUUCUCUCCUUGCCCGAGGCUGUUAUGCUCAUGGUUCCCGAGGCCUGGCAAAACAACGCUGCCAUGGACCCUGCCAAGGCUGCCUUUUACGAAUGGGCUGCCUGCCAGAUGGAGCCUUGGGAUGGCCCGGCCUUGUUCACUUUCUCAGACGGCCGUUACUGCGGUGCUAACCUGGACCGAAAUGGUCUUCGUCCUUGCCGUUUCUACGUCACUGACGAUGAUCGCAUCAUCUGUGCCUCCGAGGUUGGUACAAUCAGCUUGGAUCCCGAGUCUAUCGUGCAAAAGGGCCGCCUGCAGCCCGGUAAAAUGCUGCUCGUUGAUACCGUCGCCGGCCGCAUCAUUGAUGAUGCCGAGCUGAAGCAAACGGUUGCCCACCGCCAGGAUUUCCGUGCCUGGUUGGACAAGGAACUGCUCACUUUGCCUGCCAUUGAAAAAUCGCUGGUUGCCCAGAGCCACGACUUGAGCACUCCUUUGGAUUCUUCUACUGUCCAAACUGACGUCCGACUGAAGGCUUUUGGAUACUCUUACGAACAGGUCAGCUUGCUCUUGGCUCCUAUGGCCGCUGACUCCAAGGAAGCCUUGGGUUCCAUGGGUAACGACGGUCCUCUGGCUUGCUUGGCGCAGCAACCCCGUCUUCUCUAUGAAUACUUCCGAGAGCUCUUUGCUCAAGUCACCAACCCUCCCAUUGAUCCUAUUCGGGAGGCUAUUGUCAUGUCACUCGAGUGCUACGUCGGCCCGCAAGGUAACUUGCUCGAGCUUGACUCCUCCCAGUGCCACCGUCUGAUGCUGCCCUCGCCCAUUCUUACUCUUCAGGAAUUCCAGUCAUUGAAGAACACCACCAAGGUUCACUCUGACUGGCCUGUCAAGACCAUCGAUAUCACUUUCGAAAAGUCCAAGGGUGUCCAGGGUUACCUCGACGUUCUCGACACCAUCUGCGAGGCUGCCACUGAGGGUAUUCAAAACGGUGACAAAAUUCUCAUUCUUUCUGACCGCGCUACCUCUGCUGAACGCGUUCCCGUCUCUGCUUUGCUGGCCACUGGUUUGGUUCACCAUCACUUGGUUCGCAACAAGUGGAGAUCCCUGAGUGCCUUGGUUGUCGAUACUGCCGAGGCUCGCGAAGUUCACCACAUGUGUGUUCUUCUUGGAUACGGUGCCGAUGCAAUUUGCCCCUACCUCGCCAUGGAAUGUAUUCUCAAGAUGAACCGCGAGAAGCUUAUCCGUAAGCCAAUCUCCGAUGAGCAAGUCCUCCUUAACUACAAGGCAUCGUGCGACGGAGGUAUUCUCAAGGUCAUGUCUAAGAUGGGUAUUUCGACUCUGUCGUCCUACAAGGGUGCUCAGAUCUUUGAAGCCCUUGGUAUCGACGAUUCCGUCAUUGACCGCUGUUUCUCUGGCACUGCCAGUCGUAUUCGAGGUAUUACUUUCGAGCUCAUCGCCCAGGAUGCAUUUGCUUUCCACGAGCGUGGCUACCCAUCACGCCAAAUUAUCGACAUCCCAGGUUUGCCUGAAACCGGUGAAUACCACUGGCGUGACGGUGGUGACCCCCACGUCAACGACCCCACGAGCGUUGCCAACAUCCAGGAUGCCGUCCGCUCGAAGAACGACAAGUCCUACGAGGCAUAUGCCCGAUCCGAGCACGAGGCCAUCAAGAACUGUACCCUGCGAGGCAUGCUCGACUUUGACUUUGACCAACGUACCUCCAUCCCUAUUGACCAGGUUGAGCCAUGGACUGAUAUCGUGCGCCGCUUUGUCACUGGUGCUAUGUCGUACGGAUCCAUUUCCAUGGAAUCUCACUCCACUUUGGCUAUUGCCAUGAACCGAUUGGGUGGCAAGUCCAACACAGGUGAAGGUGGUGAGGAUCCCGAGCGAAGCAACAGAAUGGAGAACGGCGAUACCAUGCGCUCUGCCAUCAAGCAGAUUGCCUCUGGACGAUUCGGUGUCACAUCAAACUACCUUGCUGAUGCUGAUGAGCUUCAGAUCAAGAUGGCCCAAGGUGCCAAGCCUGGUGAGGGCGGUGAGCUUCCUGGUCACAAGGUGUCUGGCCCUAUUGCUCGCACCCGUCACUCUACUCCUGGUGUCGGUCUGAUUUCGCCCCCACCUCACCACGAUAUCUACUCUAUUGAAGAUUUGAAGCAACUUAUCUACGAUCUCAAGUGCUCUAACCCGCGUGCUCGCGUGUCCGUGAAGCUCGUGUCCGAGGUCGGAGUUGGUAUCGUUGCCUCUGGUGUCGCCAAAGCCAAAGCCGACCACAUCCUGAUUUCUGGCCACGAUGGUGGUACUGGUGCCUCGCGAUGGACUGGUAUCAAGGCAGCUGGUCUGCCCUGGGAAUUGGGUCUGGCUGAGACUCACCAGACUCUUGUUUUGAACGACCUUCGUGGUCGUGUUGUUGUGCAAACAGAUGGUCAGCUUAGAACCGGUCGUGAUGUCGCCAUUGCUUGCUUGCUCGGUGCUGAGGAAUGGGGCUUUGCUACCACUCCCUUGAUUGCCAUGGGUUGUAUCAUGAUGAGGAAGUGUCACUUGAACACCUGCCCCGUUGGUAUUGCUACGCAAGAUCCCGAGCUGCGAAAGAAGUUCAAGGGUACUCCCGAACAUGUCAUCAACUUUUUCUAUUAUGUCGCCAACGAGCUCCGUGCUAUCAUGGCCAAGCUUGGCAUCCGCACCAUCAACGAAAUGGUUGGUCGCGCCGAACUGCUUAAGACCAGGGAGGAUAUUCGAUCUCCCAAGCAGGAGAACAUUGACUUGUCUUUGAUCUUGACUCCUGCCCACUCCCUGCGUCCAGGCGUUGCUACUUAUAAUGUGCGCAAGCAAGACCACCGUCUUCACGUCCGUCUUGACAACAAAUUGAUUGCAGAGUCUGAACUGGCUCUUGAAAAGGGACUGCCCUGCCGAGUUGAGUGUGAUGUUGUCAAUACUGACCGUGCCCUGGGUGCCACUCUUUCUUAUCAAGUCAGCCGUCGCCAUGGAGAAGCUGGCUUGCCUCAGGAUACCAUCCACGUGAACAUCAAGGGUUCUGCUGGUCAAUCCUUCGGUGCCUACCUCGCUCCUGGCGUGACUCUGGAGCUUGAAGGUGACUCCAACGAUUACGUCGGUAAGGGUUUGUCUGGCGGUCGUCUUAUCGUCUACCCCCCUCGUGGCGCAGUCUUCAAGGCCGAGGAGAACGUUCUUAUUGGAAACGUUUGUCUUUAUGGUGCUACUGGUGGUACUUGCUACUUCCGUGGUGUGGCUGCUGAGCGUUUUGCGGUCCGAAACUCGGGCGUUACGGCUGUUGUUGAGGGUGUUGGUGACCACGGUUGUGAAUACAUGACUGGUGGCCGAGUGCUCGUCCUUGGCUCUACUGGCCGUAACUUUGCCGCUGGUAUGUCUGGUGGUAUUGCGUACGUUCUUGACGUCAACCAGGACUUCCACUCCAAAAUCAACAUGGAAAUGGUGGAGGUGUCCGGCUUGGAAGACCCUGCUGAAAUUGCCUUUGUCCGCGGCCUCAUCGAGGACCACCACCACUACACUGGCUCGGAGCUCGCAGCCCGUAUCCUUUUGGACUUUACCCGGGCUCUUCCUCGAUUUGUCAAGGUCCUUCCUACUGACUACAAGCGCGUUCUUCUCGAAGAAGCCGCCAAGGCAGAGGCUGCUAAGAAGGCCGAGUUCACUCUGCCUAAACUCCCCAGCACUCCUACUCCUGCCGAGGAGAAGAAGCACAAGCAUGAGGAAGAAAAGAAAGCCGACCUUCUGGAUAUUGAGGACAGCGUGAGCGACUCGAAGACGGAGAAGAAGCGCACUGCUCUUAUUCUCGAUAAGACUCGUGGUUUCAUGAAAUACAACAGGCGCAGUGAAAAGUACCGCAACCCGGCCACUCGUACUCGGGACUGGGCCGAGCUGUCCACCCGUCUUACUGAGGAUGAGCUUAAGUACCAGUCUGCGCGCUGCAUGGACUGCGGUGUUCCCUUCUGUCAAUCCGACACUGGUUGCCCGAUCUCCAACAUCAUCCCCAAGUGGAAUGAACUUGUCUUCCAAAACCAAUGGGAAGAUGCUCUCAACCGCUUGCUCAUGACAAACAACUUCCCCGAGUUCACGGGUCGUGUUUGCCCUGCCCCUUGUGAAGGAGCUUGCGUUCUUGGUAUCAACGAAGACCCCGUUGGUAUUAAAUCUAUUGAAUGCGCCAUUAUCGACCGUGGUUAUGAGAUGGGCUGGAUGGUUCCUCGACCUCCUCAAACAAGAACUGGAAAGACCGUUGCCGUUAUUGGCUCUGGUCCUGCCGGUCUUGCUGCUGCUGACCAGCUGAACCGCGCCGGUCACUCCGUCACUGUUUAUGAGCGUGCCGAUCGUGUUGGAGGUUUGCUGAUGUACGGUAUCCCCAACAUGAAGCUUGACAAGAAGGUUGUUCAACGACGUGUUGACCUCAUGGCCGCUGAGGGUGUCAAGUUUGUCACCAGCACUGCUGUUGGUCCCGACUCUGAAGUCUCCAUGCAAUCCCUGCGUGAGUCGAACGAUGCCGUUAUUCUUGCCACUGGUGCCACUGUUGCUCGUGACCUCAAGAUCCCUGGCCGUGAACUUGAGGGCAUUCACUUUGCUAUGCAAUUCCUCCACAAGAACACCAAGUCUUUGCUCGACUCCGCUCACGCCGACAAUGCAUACAUCUCUGCCAAGGACAAGCAUGUUGUUGUCAUUGGUGGUGGUGAUACUGGUAACGACUGCAUUGGUACCUCGGUCCGCCACGGCGCAAAGAGUGUGGUCAACUUUGAGUUGCUGCCACAGCCUCCUCCAGAGCGUGCUCUUGAUAACCCAUGGCCUCAAUGGCCUCGUAUCUACCGCGUCGACUACGGUCACUCUGAGGUCAAGACCCACAUGGGCAAGGACCCUCGCGAGUACUGCAUCAUGUCCAAGGAGUUUGUUGAUGACGGCAACGGAAAUGUCAAGGGUAUCAACACCGUCCGUGUCGACUGGACCAAGAGCGCUUCUGGCGGUUGGGACAUGAAGACCAUUGAGGGUAGCGAGGAAUUUUUCCCUGCCGACCUAGUCAUGUUGUCCAUGGGUUUCUUGGGCCCUGAGGACCGUCUUCUCGGCGAGGAAGUUGAGCGUGAUGCUCGCAAGAACGUCAAGACUGCCCCUGGCCAGUACUCUACCAACCUUCCCGGUGUCUUUGCUGCUGGAGAUUGCCGUCGUGGACAGUCUCUUAUUGUUUGGGGUAUCAACGAAGGCCGUCAAGCUGCUCGUGAAGUCGACACUUUCCUCAUGGGAACCGGCUCUCUUCUUCCCGUCACUGGUGGUAUUGUUCGCCGCCCAGCUGCCGACGCUGUUCCUCCGACUAUCCAAAUCACUGCUGCUUAG